ACCUCGGUUUUACAUGAGCAACAUGCUGACCGUUCCUUUUGUUUAGGUUUGCAUAUGAAGUUUUUUUUGAAAGAGAGAGAGAGAGACUGCUCAUUGCCACUUCUAUUGCAAGGGUUCCCUUUAUGUAAUUUGAAGUUACUAAAACGAAUACGUUGUAGGCUUAUGCGCUUUGGGAAAUAGCAAUAGAAGGAGAGAGACGCAUUAAGCAAUCGGUUGCAGCCAUGGCAGUUGAGGGGCAGACCAAGUCAGUCUCUAAUGACAACAACGAUGGCAGAAACAAAAAGAGGAAAUCCCAUUACUUGCCGCACAAUAGACCAACUAAGAAGGGUUCAUACCCAUUGCGCCCUGGGGUUCAAGGUUUCUUUGUCACUUGUGAUGGUGGAAGGGAACGGCAAGCUACUACUGAGGCCAUUAAUCUCCUUGACAAGUUCUAUGAAGAGCUAUUGCAUGGAGAAGAUUCAACUGAAGAGAGAAUUUCAAGUGCAAAAUCUACAUCAGAACCUGCAAAAGUGCGGAACAAUAAAAUUCGGUUCAAGGAUUCUGAUUCGUCUAGUGAUGAUGAAUCAGAAACACAUCCUUGCAACGAAAAUGGGCACAAUAAAACUGUCAGUCAGGAAGGUGAACCAGAUUUGAAAAAAGAAACACCAAUAAAGAAACAACAUCUGGAAACUGGUGUGCCAUCAACUGACAGUUUAAGCUGCAAUAAAACUGAUAAAAAAAGCAUCGAUAAACUACUUGAAGCUGAACUUGAAGAAUUAGGGGACAGGGACAAGAGGCACUUUGUAAGCCUUGAUUCCGGCUGUAAUGCUGUCAUUUUCAUUCAAAUGCAUAAGAAAGAAGGUGGUCCGUGCCCAGCUGAUAUUGUGUCUCAUGUUAUGAAGACCGCUGCUGCUACAAGGAAACAUAUGUCAAGAUUCAUCUUGAGACUGUUGCCUGUUGAAGUAACAUGCUAUGCAUCUGGUGAAGAAAUCUCGAAGGCAAUUAAGCCACUAAUUGACCAUUAUUAUCCUAGUGGAGGUGAUCCGCCUCAAAAGUUUGCAGUAUUGUAUGAUGCCCGUGCAAAUACAGGAAUCGAACGAGCAGCAAUCAUAGAUUCAGUUGCAAAAGCUGUUCCUCAGCCACAUAAAGUCGAUCUCAACAAUCCAGAUAAGACUAUCGUCGUCCAAAUUGUUAAGACAAUAUGCUUGGUGGGGGUGGUUGAGAAGUACAAGGAGUGGUCCAAAUAUAACCUGAGGCAGCUAUCUUCUCCACCAUCUUAGAGCGCAAUGCCUAUCUGACUUUAAAUAUUUUAUAUUUCAGCUCUUUUUCAAGAGGAGCCUCGUGAAGAUGCACUUUUUUUGAGAUUUUGUGAGGUAAAUCGGAAACUGAUGCACCUCCUCAAGCUUCCUACACCAGGUCCUUUCAAUUAAAGGAGGGACCAAUGCAUCAAAACUGUUUUUAACUAGAGUUAGACUUUAUAUAUUGACAGGCGACUUUCUGCAACUCUGAUAGGAGGUAGCUUCUUGAAAAUUCCAGGAUUGAUAGAAUCAGCUGGAACAAGAAUGAAGACAUUGUUUUUCUUUGGUAUUUAGAUAACUAAAAGAUAUUCUUGUGGGAGCAUAUUGUCCAUUACUCACUUGGGUAAAAUUCCAUGUAGGAGUCUCUUUUGGACCGUGAAUUUUGAGGAUGCGUCCUCUUCAAUCUAGUGAACAACUUACCCCAAAAAAAAAAUCCAAUGACCUCUCUAAGAGCCUGAAAAAAAAAAAAAAAACAAUCCAAAGAUUGGAAGUUGACCAUCCAGUUUUUGGGCAGAUGCAUCCUAUUGUUGCGAGUUCAAAAUCUUUUUUUUUUUU